CGAUACUCGAUAGACGGUAGUGAAUCGAAGAUGAACUCAUAAAGAUAAUUCCACAUGUACAUAGUGAAUGCUGUAUCAGUAUCAUGCAACAGAUCACUAGAUGAAACAAAAAAGAAAAUACAGGAUAGUUUGUCCAGUGUGAAAAAGAAGGAGGCUUUCCGGAAGAGAGAAGCAUCAAAAACAGGUGGUGGACCCUGUACAGAAAUAAUUUUUAAGCCAUGGGAGGUGUCUCUUCUUGGUACAAUUCCAACAGAGAUGAUACAUGGAUUAGAAGGGGCAGUGGAUACUAAAUCAGAUGCAGAUCAAGGUCAAACAAAGGGGAAAUUGGAUUUGAAUCGUGAUUUGAAUUGUCCAGGAGCAACUGGAGAUUGCAGUGCAACAUCUAACAAUGUUUCAGAAUGUGUGGUUGACAUACAUGUAACAUCUGAAGAGCCCUCAAUUCCAUGUACUGGUAUGUAUACAUCUAUACUUGAUAUCUGA